GCGGCGGUUCGAUAGUGUUGUAAGCGAAAAGAGAAGUAAAAGCUUCGUUUCCCUGUGUGAGCCGCCGGAGGGAGCUGUGUGAGCGCUCGGUGCAGGGCCGCGGCGUUAAAUGCGAGGGCGUGAUGGCGGAGGAUAUGGCAUCCACAAUGAUGGGAGAUCUCUGCUUACACAUCAACGUGAAGAUUUCAAAUAUUAAAAAGUCCUUUCAAUUAAAAAAAUUAGGUGAAGAAAAACGCCUCAAACUUAAUGUCCGUAAAAUAGGAAAAGACAUGAUGCUCUUGAAUGAUCUCCUAGAUAAAAUGGAAACUGAAGUUAAUCAGCAAGAAAAACUGAAGAAUUUGCUACAAGAGCUCCAGCAGGCUGGUGAGAGAGAUCUACAUGAAGCACAGCACCUCCUUGAACACAUUCCUCCCCACCUGCCUAAGCCAACUCAGAGCUGCAUCACUGUGCCAACUGUGAAACACGAAGAACGAACAAAAGUGUCAGAACCUGAACCUGCUAAGAAACCUGCAAAAGAGAAAAGAGUCAUUAAAGAAAUACCGUUAAUAAUGGCAGAAGAAUUUGAAGCUGUUCCUGUGUAUCUGAAAGGUCGUUUAGCGUAUGAUCAGAUUAAUGCAGUUGUUCAAGAGAUUAACAAGGCUGUCGUGGAGAAGUACAAGAUCAAGCAUCGGCCUUUGAAAUCUAUGUGUUUUGCAGUCAGAAAUCUCUACAACAGGUUCAUAGAAGAAGAAACUAAAGAUACUAAAGGUGAAUUUUUUAUCGUGGAGGCUGAUAUCAAGGCGUUCACCCAGCUGAAGCUGGACAAGCGCUUCCACAGCAUCCUGAGCAUCCUGAGGCACUGCCACAGAGUGAGAGAAGUUCGAGGCUCAAACCUGGUCCGCUACAUCAUCUGCUAACGAGCUUCCCAUGGGCCCAAGAGAGAGACAUUCUGCCUGUGUGCACUCCUUUCCAGCUCUCUUAUUUCCUGAAAGACAGGAAUGAGGAAAGAGAGGCAGUAUCAAACAGCCUUGAGGUUGUUUGAGUUUUGUUUUGAAAAGCUGAGGGGAACUACUCUCUUUUGGUAAGUUACAAAUUCAAACCAGAAAGGCAACUGGUUACAGGUAGCUUUAAUCGCAUUUUCAUGUCAGCACAUGAAAGUUAAAUGCUCUGCAUGUUAAUAAUUUUUGU